AACACUGUGCUUGUUUGUGUGGAUCAAUAAUGUCUCUUUACCCCUGCAGCUCCAACAAAACACAGUAUUUCCAGUGCGCUCUGACAUCAUGAAGGCUUUGUUGAUUGUAUUUGUUUUGACGAGUUUAAAUACAGGAUACCUUAGCGAAACACACGAUACAGUCCUGUCAAUCACCCCUCAGACCCAGGAACAGGUCCAUGUGGUAAAGAAUGUUUCCUCUCAGUUUGAGACAACAUUAUGGCAACCUGUCUCAGCCGAGUACAUCAAAGCUGAGGCAGAUGUUCACCUGUUUGUUCCUGCCAAUAGCUCACAAGCCGUCACCGACCUGCUGCAGAGUCAUGCCAUAAGUUAUGAAAUUUUGCUUGACAAUGCAGAAGAGUUGAUUGAAAUGCAGACCAAAAAUGACUCCACCGACCCCCGAAGCAGCCAGACGUUCUAUGAGAGAUACCACAGUCUGGAGGAUAUCUAUUUUUGGAUAAACAGGACCAUACAAGACAACCCCGCCACAGUAAGCGUUGUUCUCAUCGGUUCCUCUUUUGAAAAGCGACCCCUGUACGCUCUUAAGUUGUCCAUGAACAACCAACCAAAUAAGAAGGCCAUGUGGAUUGACUGUGGGAUCCACGCUCGAGAGUGGAUCUCCCCUGCCUUCUGCUUGUGGUUUGUGCAAUAUUCUUUGUCCUUUUACAAACGAAACCAUGAUAUUACAACCAUCCUGGACAAUAUGGACGUCUACGUUCUUCCUGUGAUGAACCCUGAUGGAUACCACUACACGUGGACAAAUAACAGGAUGUGGAGGAAGAACCGAUCAGCCAGCAGCGGGAGCAGUUGCAUCGGCGUUGACCUCAACAGAAACUUUGACGCCAACUGGUGCACCGAGGGAGCUUCUAAUGACCCGUGCAGCGAGAUCUACUGCGGUGCCUUCCCGGAGUCUGAGCCAGAGUCGGCCGCCGUUGCCAACUUCCUGCGCAAUCACAGGGACUCAAUUCAGCUCUACUUCAGCAUCCACUCCUACUCUCAGAUGCUACUUUUCCCAUUCUCCUGCACCAUGGAUGAAGCACAGAAUCAUGCUGAUCUACUGGAAAUGGCCAAAGAAGCAUCUCAGAAAAUCCAAAGAUAUUAUAGGAAUCACUAUAAAUAUGGCUCUGGAUCAAAAACAAUAUAUUUGGCUCCUGGUGGUUCUGAUGACUGGGCUUACAACACUGGCAUUAAAUACUCUUUUACUUUUGAACUUCAGGACCGAGGGCGCUACGGUUUUCUCCUGCCACCAAACUACAUUUCCAAGGCCUGUAAUGAGGCUCUGAUUGCAGUGAAGACCAUUGCUCUCAGGGUCAUUGAGAAAACACAUUCAUUUGUUGGAACUGCCUAAGUUCCAUGUCAUAAUUACUCUAAUCACAGAAACUAUAUUUUAGGUUGAUUUUGACAUGAUUCUAUAAAAACUCUUUAAAUGCUCAAUUUUAAUGUAAUAUUUUAAUCCCAAACUGAUUGAGUCUUACUGUCCAUAAACUGCUGUGUUUUCAAUAAGUUUUAAAAUAUUAUGUUUUCUCUUUUUAGGGACAUUUCUGUACAAUAAACUAUGGCUCGGGGGCCGAAUGCAGCCCACUUGGCUUUUUAAUCUGGCCGCCAAACAUAAUCCAAAUUAUGUUAUUAAUUUAUAUUAUUUAUAUUAUACUUCUGCCUUUUCCCUGCAAUGCCCACAUUUCCCCCGAAGAUUGUAUAGAAAAGUCUAAAAGCAUUUUUGCAGUUUAGCCUUUAUGCAUGACUUUUACAUGUAAUUCAUCUUAGUUUAUCCAAAUGCUCCAUUUAUCUGCUCCUGACCUGGCCCCCCUGUCAAAUUUUAGGAUGCAUUUUUUGUCCGCAAGUCAAAACGUUUGCCCACGCCCGGAAUAACUGGUCAACUAAAUCAUAUUGGAUGCAAACAAGUGAAGUAAAGUUUUAUCUUUC